GUGGUGCGGUGGUUGUUUUGUUUUAUUUUGAUUUGUUUUCCCUUCUUUCCUUGCACGAUUUCCUGCGCUCCUUUCCCCUCGUUGCCCGCACCUCUCCCGUCCCCCGGAGCCGCUCGGAACCGGAGCCGCUCUCGGAGCUGGAGCCGCUCUCGGAGCUGGAGCCGGAGCCCGAGCUGGAGCCGGAGCUGGAGCCGGAGCUGGAGCUGGAGCUGGAGCCGGAGCUGGAGCCGGAGCCGGAGCCGCUCUCGGAGCCGGAGCCGUUCGGAACCGGAGCCGCUCGGAUCCGGAGCCGCUCUCGGAGCCGGAGCCGCUCCCGGAGCUGGAGCCGCUCGGAACCGGAGCCGGAGCCGCUCUCGGAGCUGGAGCCGCUCUCGGAGCUGGAGCCGUUCGGAGCCGGAGCCGCUCCCGGAGCCGGAGCCGCUCUCGGAGCCGGAGCCGCCCCGGGCCUUGCCCCGCGCGGGGCGGGCGCAGCGGAGGCGGCGGGGCCGCGGCCGAGCAUAAGAGGGGCGGGCGGGCAGCGCCGCCGUCCCUCCCAGCGCCAGGAUGCACCAUGAGGAGCUGGCGUCCCUGCAGCGGCCCCGCUACGGCUCUAUUGUGGAUGAUGAAAGGCUUUCUGCAGAAGAAAUGGAUGAGAGGAGGCGUCAGAAUAUUGCUUAUGAAUAUCUGUGCCACUUAGAAGAAGCAAAAAGAUGGAUGGAGGUCUGCUUGGACGAAGAGCUGCCCCCAACUACGGAACUGGAAGAAGGCUUAAGAAAUGGUGUUUACCUUGCCAAGCUUGCAAAAUUCUUUGCACCUAAUGUGGUGUCAGACAAAAAGAUCUAUGAUGUGGAGCAGGCACGCUACAAGAGAUCUGGCCUUCAUUUUCGGCACACUGACAACACUGUGCAGUGGUUAAGAGCAAUGGAGUCCAUUGGUCUGCCUAAGAUCUUCUAUCCAGAGACUACGGAUGUCUAUGAUAGGAAAAACAUCCCUAGGAUGAUAUACUGCAUUCAUGCUCUAAGUUUAUAUCUCUUCAAACUAGGACUAGCUCCACAGAUCCAGGACCUGGGAAAAGUAGACUUCACAGAGGAAGAAAUCAGCAACAUGAGAAAGGAGCUAGAGAAAUAUGGUAUACAGAUGCCAUCUUUUAGUAAAAUUGGUGGGAUUCUGGCCAGUGAAUUAUCAGUGGACGAAGCUGCCUUGCACGCGGCUGUAAUUGCAAUCAACGAGGCUGUGGAGAAGGGAAUCGCCGAGCAAACCAUUGCCACUCUGAGGAACCCAAAUGCAAUGCUGCUCAACGUGGACGAGGAGCUGGCGCAGGACUAUCAGAACGAGCUCUUUGAUGCUAAAAGGAAGAAAGAAUCAAGUGCAAGACUCAAGAAUGGCACAAUUUCUGAUGAAGAGAGAGAUGUCUACGAGGAGUUGCUGACACAAGCUGAGAUUCAAGGCAAUAUCAAUAAAAUAAACAUUCACGUAGCUUUAGUCCAAGUGAAUGAGGCUAUUGACCGGCAAGAUGAGGGGGCACUGAUGGCAGGUCUGAGCCGCCCUGCUCUGAGCCUACUUGACGUUCUGCCGCAAAAUUCCUCAUGGUACCUCUUGCAAUUGUGUGGUUCUAAAGAACAGAAAAUGCAGAUAGCAGGCAUUCCAAAUAUGCUCGACAAAAGUGAAAUACAGAAAGAAGUUAGUGUUGCCAAUGCGGAAGCUGAGGCUCACAAGCUUAAACUUAUAGCGGUUGACAAUAUCAAUACAGCAAUUCGUAACUGUGAUCCUAGUAAAACACUGGUUGCACUGAUGAAACCUGAGGCACAGCUGCCUGUUGUUCACUCAUUUGCUGCUGCUGUCUAUCAGACUGAGCUGUUCAACCUCCAACAACAGAAUGCUGUGAACUACCUGGCACAUGAUGAACUGUCUAUUGCAGUAGAAAUGUUGUCAGCUGUUGUGCUGCUAAACCAGACCUUGGAAAAUAAGGACAUCCUAAUGAUAAAAAAUCAUCUCAGAGACCCAUGCACUGGCUUCAAUAAUCUGGAAGAGGAAAACUUGCAACGUUAUGCUGAUACACUAUUGUCUAUUAAGUCAGAGGCUUCAUCUCAAGGCCAAGAUUAUUUAAGCUGGAAUGAUAUCCAGAACUGCAUUGACAUGGUUAAUAUGCAAAUUCAAGAAGAAAAUGAAAGAAUCAUUGCAAUUGGACACAUUAAUGAAGCAGUUGACCAAGGAAAUCCUGAGAAAACUCUAGAAGCCCUGCUAUUGCCCACAGCCAAGUUGCAAGAUGUGAGACCACUAAAUGCAAGGCAUUAUCAGGAUGUUCUGCACCAUGCCAAAGCACAGAAAUGCAAGGAAUCUCAAGAUGAAUCAGUGCUCCUUUGGCUGGAUGAAAUACAAAGAGGAAUUCAUGACAGCAAUAACAACAUAAAAGAAGCAGCAAACUUGGCUGUUGGAAUAUCAAUGAUUAACAAGAGUUUGGAGAAAGGUGAUUCACAGCCCAUCCUGAUGAUACUACAGUCAAGGUUUGGAUUACGAGUCAUUCCUGAAUGUGCUGAAGCCUACUUCAGGAACCUCUCUGAAGCCAAGAACAUGAAAACUACAGAAGGUUCUAGUGAAAGUCCAUGGAUUAAACUUGUGAUGAAAACCAUGUAUGAUUACUAUUACAAUGUGGAAACUGAGGAAGGUACCUGUGUUGCCCCCAAAGGAGUUGUACCAAAAACAUCAUGGUUAACUGGUGAAGAAAUCCAGAACAUUGCUGGGCAAGUUACAGCAGAUUACAAUCGAGAGCAGCUGUGGCUUGCUAAUGAAAAUCUGAUUGUUGGGCUGCAAGCCCGAGCAAGGGGAUUCUUAGUCAGAAGAAACUAUCAGGAGAGAAAAGCCUAUCUUCAAAACCAGGAGCCAUCUGCCAUCAAAAUACAGGCUUUCUGGAAAGGAUUCAAACAAAGGAAGAGCUAUGUUGACAGAUUAAAGGUGCUUCAAGGCAAUGUUGCUGCUAUUGUUAAGAUUCAGUCAUGGGUCAAAAUGUGGCUAGCAAGGAGAGCUUACAGGAAACGCCUACAAUACUUCAAGGAUCAUAAUGACCAAAUUGUGAAGAUACAAGCAUUUCUUAGAGCAAACAAGGCCAGGGAGGACUACAGAACACUAAUUGGUGCUGAAAAUCCACCCUUGACUGUUCUGCGCAAAUUCGCCUACCUCUUGGACCAAAGUGACUUAGACUUUGAAGAAGAACUGGAAGUAACGAGGUUAAGGGAAGAAGUGGUUACAAAAAUUCGAUCCAAUCAGCAGCUGGAGAAGGAUUUGAACUUAAUGGAUAUAAAGAUUGGAUUGCUGGUGAAAAACAGAAUCACUCUUCAGGAUGUGGUACUGCACAGUAAGAAACUUAACAAAAAGAGCAAAAGUCAACUGGCAGAGAUGGUUAUGGUUGACAAACAGGGCAUCAAAGGUUUGAGUAAGGAGAGAAGAAAAAAAUUGGAGGCUUAUCAACAUUUAUUCUACCUUCUACAGACUAAUCCCACGUAUCUGGCAAAGCUGAUUUUCCAGAUGCCACAAAACAAAUCAACAAAGUUUAUGGAUACAGUAAUCUUCACUCUAUACAACUAUGCCUCCAAUCAACGGGAAGAAUACCUGCUUCUCAAACUCUUCAAAACUGCUCUAGAAGAAGAGAUAAACUCUAAGGUAGACCAGAUUCAGGAUAUUGUUACUGGAAACCCCACUGUCAUUAAGAUGGUUGUCAGCUUCAAUCGAAGUGCUCGUGGACAGAACUCCCUGCGCCAGCUCCUGGCCCCGGUGGUGAAGGAAAUCAUGGAGGACAAGUCUCUCAUAAUCAACACUAGUCCUGUGGAUGUUUACAAGGCAUGGGUAAACCAGCUAGAAAUGCAGACUGGUGAGGCCAGCAAACUGCCAUAUGAUGUGACCACAGAGCAAGCACUGACACACACAGAAGUGGUGAAUAAACUGGAAUCCUCUAUCCAGAGUCUGCGAGCAGUAACUGACAAAGUUCUCACAUCCAUAUUCUCUUCUCUCAAUAUGAUGCCUUAUGGAAUGAGAUACAUAGCCAAAGUUCUGAAGAGCUCACUCCACGAGAAAUUCCCGGAUGCAACAGAAGAUGAACUAUUAAAGAUUGUUGGCAACCUGCUGUACUAUCGCUACAUGAACCCUGCCAUAGUUGCUCCUGAUGGCUUUGAUAUAAUUGAUAUAACAGCUGGGGGCCAGAUACACCCUGACCAGAGGAGGAACCUGGGCUGUGUGGCAAAAGUCCUCCAGCAUGCUGCUUCUAACAAACUCUUUGAAGGAGAAAGCGAGCAUCUGUCAUCUAUGAACUCUUACCUCUCACAGACCUACCAGAAGUUCAGGAAUUUUUUUCAAGCAGCAUGUGAUGUUCCUGAACCAGAGGAGAAAUUCAAUAUUGAUGAAUACUCUGAUAUGGUGACCCUUAGCAAGCCUGUCAUAUAUAUCUCCAUUGAAGAAAUUAUCAAUACCCAUUCACUGCUUUUGGAACACCAGGAUGCCAUUGCCCCUGAGACUAAUGACCUGCUGAAUGAAUUGCUGGAAGGUUUGGGACCUGUUCCUGAUAUAGAAUCUUUCCUUGGGGAAGGAGCUGUUGAUCCCAACGACCCCAACAGGGAAAGCACACUGAAUCAACUUGCAAAAACAGAGAUUUCACUGUCUCUGACAAGCAAAUAUGAGUUACGAGAAGGAGAAGAUCAGGAUCUCAAAAGUCUGAUGAUAAAGACCAAAAGACUCAUAGUGGAUGUGAUACGAACACAACCAGGGGAUACACUCUUAGAAAUAUUAGAAACACCAGCCACUGCACAACAGGAAUCUGAGAACUUGAAACUUGUAGAGAAACGUGCCAUCUUAGAUUCCAAAACUCCAGAGAAAAUGAAGCACAGUCAGUCUAGUUUUGAAGAUGGGCAGCUACCAAUAGAACAAAAGAAAAGGAAAAUUCAGAGAAAUCUCCGGACAUUGGAACAAGCAGGACUAGUGUCUUCAGCAACAAAGUACCAAGAAAUUAUAAAUGAGAUUGCUAAGGAUAUCCGGAAUCAAAGAAGAUACAGACAUCAUCGAAAAGCUGAAUUGGUGAAACUCCAGCAGACUUUGAAUGCACUUAACUCCAAGACAGCAUUUUAUGAGGAACAAAUUAAUUAUUACAACACCUAUAUAAAAACUUGCUUGGACAACUUAACAAGAAAAAAUUCACGGAGGUCAAUUAAAUUAGAUGGAAAAGAGGAGGUGAAAGGAAGCAAAAAACUGAAACAGACCUCACUAAAGUACACAGCUGCAAGACUUCAUGAAAAAGGUGUCAUCCUAGAAAUUGAAGAUCUUCAAACCAAUCAGUUUAAGAACGUCAUGUUUGAUAUCACACCUGGAGAAGAAGUGGGUGACUUCGAAAUCAAAGCAAAAUUUUUAGGAGUUGAGAUGGAAAAAGUGCAGCUCCAUUUCCAGGAUUUGCUUCAGAUGCAGUAUGAAGGUGUGGCUGUAAUGAAAAUGUUUGAUAAAGCUAUAGUGAAUGUGAAUUUGCUCAUAUUCUUGUUGAAUAAGAAGUUCUAUGGAAAAUGAGUACUUUCAGAUAUCAUGGACUUCAUCAAUCAGAGGGAAGUCUAUUCAGUAUUUUUUUGCUUAUAAACAUUUGAAGUUUGUCAUUGGAUGCUUGUUAACUUUUAAAAACACACCCUAAAACACCAAAUGUUCAGAGGAAUGUACGCAGUGCCUUUUCAGCAUUGAUAAAAAAACAGAAAACCAAGAAUCAAUGCAUUUAAACAGUUCCAGAUUUCAUUGGUGUUGGUACUUUCAAAUCAAAAUACUCUUUAGGACACAGAGCUAUUGUGUAGAUUUUAAGGUAGGCAGAAAUUGAAUUUAGUUAAAUAUAUAAACCUCUUCCUAUUGAAACAUUUUAAAAUUACCUCAGAUAUAUAAUAUAGUUGAUACUAGACUUUUAAGUAUUUACCAAAAGAAAACCUAAUUUGUUUUUAAGGGAUAGUUUGAGCAAAUAUUUAGUUACAUACUAGGCCUAUUUUGUGGCAGUUGUCAAUUGCAAACUUAUUGUGCAAUUCAAAAAAUUUUAUAGGUAAUUGCAAAGUGACAAUAACGACUUGCUUCACAAAAAUGUAUUUUGCGAUUCAUUCCUACUAAAUGCACUACUGCCUCGUGCAAAAUGACAUUUUCUACUUUCACAGCCUUUGGAGUGGUAUUGGGGAAAUUCUGAAUAGCGAACAGUUGUUCAGUUUGAAGUAUUUGAAUACCUAAAUUGUGCCUGUCUGUCUUUUUUUUUGUUGUUGUUUUGUAAGAAAAUAAAUGCAAUAAAAUCAGUAUUUAGAUUGGGUUUUUAAAAUAUUCUUUGGAGAUUGUUCUAUGUAAAAUAAACAUUACCUAAUUAAACUGGC